UCACUUCCGCCGCGCUGAACCAGCGCCGACCCGGCAGGGCGGAAGUUCCGGUGGGAGCGCGUCGGGGGAGCCGGGAGGAGAGCGCGCGCCGGGCCCGCGGGAGAGGUGCCAGUGUCUGAGUCCCUCUCGGUGUAUGUGUGGUAACAACAUGUCUGUCCCCCUCCUCGCUGAUGCAGUGACUGUCUCAGGGGCAGAGCGGGAGACUGCUGCGGUCAUUUUUUUACAUGGCCUUGGAGACACGGGGCACAGCUGGGCUGAUGCUCUCUCCUCCAUCCGCCUCCCUUACGUGAAAUAUAUUUGCCCUCAUGCGCCCCGGAUCCCAGUGACCCUCAACAUGAAGAUGGUUAUGCCCUCCUGGUUUGAUCUGAUGGGGUUGACUCCAGAUGCACCUGAGGAUGAAGCUGGGAUCAAGAAAGCUGCAGAAAACAUUAAAGCAAUUAUUGAGCAUGAGAUGAAGAACGGGAUCCCACCCAACCGCAUCAUCCUGGGGGGCUUCUCACAGGGCGGUGCCUUGUCGCUGUACACAGCUCUCACCUGCCAGCACCAGCUGGCCGGCAUCGUGGCGCUCAGCUGCUGGCUGCCGCUGCACAAGGCCUUCCCGCAGGCAGCGAAUAACGGUGUGAACAAGGACAUCGCCAUCCUGCAGUGCCAUGGGGAGAUGGACCCCAUGAUCCCCGUCCGCUUCGGGGCCCUCACUGCUGAGAAGCUGAAAUCUGUUGUCACCCCCGCCAAGGUGCAGUUCAAAACCUACCCCGGCGUGAUGCACAGUUCCUGCCCUCAGGAGAUGAUGGCGGUGAAGGAGUUUAUUGAGAAGCUGCUGCCCCGGAUCUAAGCGGAGCCAUUCGAGACUGUUGCAGGGAAGGACGCCGAGGUCGCAGCCACCAAUCUUUCCCCCGUGACCCGUCCGCUGCAAAUGGAAGCCAUGGCACCCCACUGCACCUCCCGCCGCACCCCUGGCCCCUGCCUCUUCCCGUCUCCUCGCGCCACAUCCUGUCCACUGGGGGUGCCCCGUCUCUCCCUGCUGCUCUCGGAGCUGAGAUUGGAGCUAAGGCGAGUCUUCGAGUGGCCUUUUCUCUCCUCUUGCUCCGAGCGGUUUCUACAGGGGUCACCAUCCCCUCGACUCCCUGUUCAGGCACCGCAGUGCGUGGGUCUGGCAUGGCACUGGCGAGGGCUUUUUGUUGAGUUUGGGGUUUUUUUUGUAACAGUAUCAGGGGUAGGAUAUGCCCCUGUGCGGUGGGAGGAGCAGUACGGGCACAGGGCAGGGCUGGGGCACUCUCCGGGGCUCAGAGCAGCCCAUGCUCCUCCUCUGCCCUCGGCCCGUCCUCUCCGCGGCUGCUCUCGGCCUCCGCUCAGGUGAUUCACGGGUUUUCAAUCAGAGCUCAGGAACCCGGGACUCUCCUGCAAAUGCCUCAAGGCCCAGAGAGAGGCUCUGCUCUGGGCCCGUACUGCCAAAGGCUGCCCCGUCUCCCAGGGCCAGCAGAAAGGCGUCCGCGCAGCCCCUGCACCUCCUCGCACGGGCCCCGGCCCCCGCCCUGUCGCACACGCACACUCCCCAGCGGGCUCGCCCCGCGCUCCAGCAGCCUCAGCCCUCCGCUUGUGGCAGCUUUGCCCUCCUCGAGAUAAUCGCCUCCUUCCUCUCCUCUUGUUGCUUUUACAAUCUCCUCAGCCCAGCGGGGUGUCUCAGAGGUUCUCUCUGCACCCUCAGAGCCCCAAAGCGCUGCCGUUUACAGCCGGCGUCCGAACGGCUUUGCCACGGAGCCUGCCUGGCGCUGGCCUGGUCCUUAACGUCUGUCUUGCUGCUACUUCUCCUUCCCUUUGGACUCGGGCUGGCUCAGGGAGGGAGAGGAGAGGCGAGGAGAGGCCCCCAGGGGUGGCCCCUGGCGCAGCUGGAGGAAGCAGGUUUGCUCCCAGCCAUCAUCUCACCAGCAUUUAAUGCCCGGGUGCCACCGUGCCCCGUCCUGCAGGGCAGCGCGGGGGUCUCUGCGCUCCCCAGGGUGAGGGCUGUGGGCUUUGUCGGCCUUUCCAUGUACAAUCGCAGGUUUCCCCUUGCCCGGCUGGCUGGAGGCUGCAGCCAAGGCUUCUCCUCCCUUGAGCCGGUGGCCCGGCCGUGCUGGUGGCCGUGGCUGGCUGGGGCACGGGGCCGGGACUGUCCCCAGCAGCAGAGCAGCUCCCCAGGCCCCGAAUGUCUGCUCCAUGGGUGGGCUCCUGGGUGCCCCCUCUCUCCCUCUCCCGCAGGGCCGAGGGCACUUGCUGUUGAGCAGCGCUGCCCUUCUCACCUCUCCUCCAUGGGCUGAGCCCACAGCACUGUUGGGCCCUUCUGGGCUGGAGCUGUACAUGUCUUUUAAAAAAAAAAAAAGAAAACAAAAACCACCACAAAACCACCCCCCCCAAGCCUAAGGGCUAUCGUCCCUCCUGCGUGCUCCGGCUCUGUGCGGGUCAGUGCCCGGCGCGGCCCCUCGCCCCGCAGAGCCCUGCCGAGGCCGGCACCUCCCGGAGGGUGAGGGCUGCUCCGGGGAGGGCAGGCGUGGGGCUUGGCGCCGGCACCUCUGCUCCAGCCGUGCCCUCCCCGCCUGGGAUGUGCAAAGCAAUAACCCGCUCUCCGGAGAGUCGGAUCUGUCGGACUCAUCCUUGGUUGGUUUCUCGGGUUGUUUUGGGUGGUUGAGGUUUGGGGUUUUGGUUUUUUCUUUUUUUUUCCCCAUCCCUUGUAGGAAGUCUUAAACCAGCAAAACUGCUGCUGGUGUCAGGGGGAGCCCGGCUCUUCCCCUUGCUUGGGGUUCAGUCCUGCUGUUUCUUCUACUUUGUCUGUUUUAAAGCUGCUGUGUCCUCCCCUCCCUGUGCUCGGCGGGCGGGGAGGCGAGAGGGGCUGGCUGGGAUGGGAACGCAGCUCCCUGCAGGUUACCUGAGGGCUGGCAGACGGACAGACCGACCUAUUUGACUGUGAACUGGAACCGUGUGCGGAGUGGGGGCCCGGGACUCGUGGCCAUCCUUGGGCACGGCGCGGGUGGCUGCGCUGGCCCCUUUGCAGAUCAUUCCUGUUCGCUCCCCACCUGAGCAGCACGCGCCUGGCCGGGGCCGUGCUGAGGACCUGGGAGGGAGAACGGCUUCUCUCCAUUCCUCAAUACAGCUUUGGUUUUUUUUUUCUUCUCUCUUUUGUCUUCCUUGUAAAUGUUUGGGGUUUUUUGUCUUUUUUUUUUUUUGUGUGUGUGUGUUCCACAGAAUCAGAAACAAGGUUAAAUAAAUUGUAAACCUCUCCCAGA